ACCUUUCAGCUCGGAACGAUUGGCGGGUUCCGGCGAUGUGGGACCGGAUUAGCGGCGGACCGGGGCCUAGGAAAUCCGGAGCACCGGCGGCGGCGGAUCGUGGGGCUGGAGUCACCAGCGGGAGGCAGAUGUCCCUUGUUUUGAUCUCGCUGAAGAAUGUAAUGGUGCUUUAUUGGAAGUAGAAAGAGAUCAGCCUUCAGGUGACAUUCGACCGCUAUGACAACACAUAGUUUCAAAAACAGCAAGCAAGAAUUUAACUUUGGACCAUGGAAACUAACUGCCAACAAAAGCCAUAUUAUGAAAUCAAAGGACAUUGAAAAGUUAGCUCAGGAAAUGAAAAUGCAUUCCCUUCCAGAGAUGUUGUUUGGUGAUAAUGUCUUAAAAGUGCAACAUGCGGGAGGAUUUGGAAUUUCAUUUAAUGCUACAGAUGCCUUAAGGACAGUGGAUAACGGCCAUGGCACAGUGAAAGUUGCAUGUGCGGAGGCAUGGCAAGAAAGCAGGGCCGAUUCCGAACACUCUAAAGAAGUUGUUAAACCCUAUGAUUGGACUUUUACUACAGAUUAUAAAGGAACAUUACUUGGUGACGAGUUAAAGCUAAAGGUUACUCCUACAACUGAACGUAUUGAUUUGGAAAAAUUGAAAACGAGAGAGCAGAUCAUGUAUUUUGAGGAAGUUUUGUUGUUUGAAGAUGAACUUCAUGACCAUGGUGUCUCCAUGCUCAGUGUGAAAGUGAGAGUGAUGCCAUCUAGUUUCUUUGUGCUGCUGCGGUUUUUCUUGAGAGUUGAUGGAGUACUCAUACGAACAAAUGAUACGAGAGUUUAUCAUGAGGCUGACAAAAACUACCUUCUCUCUGAAUACAGCUCCCGGGAAAGUAGUAUAUCUGCUCUUCAGAAUGUUCCACAGUAUCUUUUUACUGAUCCGAAUGAGAUCUCAAAGUAUUUACCCCUGAAAAAGCUAAUCUGCGAGAAGUUGGAAUUCCCGGAAGGUGUGGAUAACAACACUACAUUUGAAAAUAUGCAGAACUGCGUUGCAGGCAGAGAAUCAAGACAGACGUGACAUUCUGCUACAGAAAGAGAGGAGUUGUGUGCUCUUUAUAAGUAAUAGACGAGUAUAAUCCUAUUUGAUUUACUUUAGUAGCUGCCAGUAUACUACUAAAAAACUACUGCAGUGAAUUUUGUGUUGUAAAGCUGCAGCUAAUGUUCUGACAGCUGUAACGGGACUAUUUAUCAAAAACAACAUUUAUUUUCCGGCUUGCUUUAAGAAUUCAGGCUUAGUUGUAGAAGCCAAAAUAUUGUGAGCAGUGCAGCUUUCAGUCUGAUUUUUAUGUGCAAGUUAUUGAUGUUUCUAUUUUUUUUGCUAAUGAAAUCUUGAAUCUAUUCAAGUUCUGUAAAGACAGAUGGAAUUUUUAACUGGUUAUUUGUAAUUAAGGUGAAAAUUAGUUGAUUUACAACAGGUUGAUUGAAACAGCAUGGUUCAUAAUGUGCUGUAGUAUGGGAAUAUGCUUGAACAGUACCACAGCAUUUGUACUUGUUUGUCACUAACACAACCCCCUUGCAUAUGAGUAAAUUUCAACAUUUGUCCACAUAGCCAAUAUCACAGGCAGCCAUUUACUGCAAGUUACCUUUGUGCAGUUUUGUAUUACUGAUCAGUUAAUGUAAGCCAAUAAUGGAUAUCAUUAAAACAGUGGAACUGUGUAAACUAUAAAAUCUAAAUAAAGAUUGAUUUCUGAAUAGGA